AUGCCUCCCUCUGCUGCCUCUCCUGAAGACACCAUCAAAACCGACCUGGACAAGGAUGCCUGGAUCGAAGAAUCAAACGGCCAGAAUGGAUCCUCUGUCAUGGCAGUGUAUAACUCCUACGACGAGGAGUUCAUACGGACGACAGAAUCUCAACUACGUCGCAAGAUAGACACGCGAAUCCUGCCUCUAAUUGUGACCAUCUACCUGUUCAACUACCUCGACCGCAACUCCAUCACGCAAGCGCGUCUGUACGGUCUACAGGAGGACACCGGAGUAAAGGGUGCUCAAUAUCAGACGGCCAUCUCCAUUUUUUCCGCUGGGUAUAUUGUUAUGCAGCUCCCGUCUGCCUUGUUAAUGACGAAACUGCGGCCCUCGCUGUAUUUGCCAUGCUGUAUCAUUAUCUGGGCAAUCGUUAGCGGUUGCACCUCAGCUGUCACCAGUCCAGCCGGUCUACUGGUGCUGAGGUUCGUGCUUGGCAUCGUCGAGGCGCCCUUCUUCCCCGGGGCCAUCUUCUAUCUCAGCUCCUGGUAUACAAAGCGCGAGCUGGGUGUGCGUAUGGCCCUGCUGAUUUGUGGGCUUCUUCUGUCCAACGCCUUUGCUGGCCUGAUUUCGGCAGGGAUUCUCUCUGGAAUGGCCGGGGUAGGCAACCUGGCAGCCUGGCGGUGGCUGUUUAUUCUCGAGGGCAUCGCGACUGUUCUUCUUGGGCUCCUGGCCAUGAUUGUCCUUCCAGAUUUCCCAGGAACCACCAAGUGGCUUAGCGAGGCCGAGAGGGUGAUCGCACAAGCCCGUCUGGCCGUAGACGCAGGCAGCCCCGAUCUCCUAGACGAGGAAAAGGUGCCCAUGGUGCGCGGCAUUGGGCGAGCACUGCGCGACUAUCGAAUCUGGCUGCUGGCCUGUCUGCAGAUGGCGACGACCGCGUCCAUUUCAUACUCGCACUUCUUUCCCACCCUCAUCCAGGAGAUUGGCUUCGAGAACAAUACCAUCGUAUUAUUGUUGACAUCACCGCCCUACCUGUUCGCCUUCUUCUGGGCCCUGGGGUUCGCCUGGUCUGCGGAUCGGAUGCAGGUGCGUUCUCCCCAGGCAGGUUUCUCCCAGGUCAUUGCCAUCGUGGGCGCAGUCCUCCUGGUCGGGGUCCCCCAACGGCUCCAAUGGGCACGGUAUGCAUUCACCUUCUUGGUCACUGCUGGGACCUUUGGCGUCUACUCAACAACCUACGCCUGGCUCUCAUCAACAGUGACUCACCCCCCGGUAAAGAGAGCAGCAGCCAUCGGAAUCGCCAAUACGUGCGCGAACCUGGCCUCGCUGUAUGCGAACUACUUCUGGCUGGACAAGUACGGGCCCACUUUCCGGGUCUCCUGGGGGUGCAUUCUGGCCUUCCAAGUCCUAGGUCUGUCUAGUAUCUUGACGCUGCGGUAUCGUCUUCGCCGUGCCAACCGUCGUUUUGAGCGUCUUAGCGCGGAGAUUGAUAGCAGUGACACGGCUGCGUUGGCAGGUUUGGAUGAGGAUGAGCGGCGUGCUGUGGUGGCUGGGUUUAGGUAUAUAACAUAG